AUGGCUCCAAAGAAGCGUCCUGCUGCAGCCAAGGCCUCUUCGGCGAAGAAGGGCAAGUAUGUUGAAGAGGACCCCGAGACGCACUUUGCAGUCUCGGCAGCUACUACGGGUCCGAUGGCCGACCUGCCAGCAUCACUCCCCAAGCCGGUGACCCUCCCAGUGAAGUCCACGGCGCUGAUCUGCAUCGACUUCCAGAAGGACUUCAUGUCCGAAGGAGGCUUCGGACAUGCUUUGGGCAACGAUGUGACAAAGCUCUCGGAGGAGUGCUUGCCAGGCGCCCAGGUUCUGCUCGCGGCCGCGCGAGCCAAAAAGAUGCUUGUCAUCCACACGAAGGAGGCCCACCGAGAUGAUCUGAAAGACUGCUGCGACAUGAAGAGGAUCGGACCACGGUGCCCGCCGGAAGGAAAGCGAAUCGGUGAGGUCCUCCAAGAGGGCAUGGGGCGCUUGCUCAUCGACGGGUCUCCCGGCAAUGAAAUCGUGGACGUGGUCAAGCCGCUUGAGGGCGAAGUCGUCCUCUGCAAGCCAGGCAAAGGCGCCUUCUUCCUGACAGGGCUGAAUCAGUUGCUUCGGGAUCGGGGCAUCAGCCACCUCAUCUUCUGCGGAGUGACGACGGAGGUCUGCGUGCAGGUCACGAUGCGCGAGGCGAAUGAUCGUGGCUACGAGUGCGUGCUCGUGGAGGACGCCACUGCCAGCUACAUUCCCAAGUUCAAGGCCGCGGUCGUCGAAAUGGUCCGAUCUCAGGGAGGGAUCGUGGGCUACACCAUUGAGCAUGCCGAGGACGUGGCGACAGCCUUGAAAUCCGCUGCGUGA